AUGACGCGCGCACAGCAAACUAUCUCCGUCCUUCUCCUCGUUUCCUCCCUCUACCUCAGUCUCUACCUUGGUCUUGUUCCCCUGAACGAGACUCUUCAGAACGAAGUCAUCCCCGUGCUCCCCUUCUGGGCGGUUAUUGUCUUCGGAACUUAUCUCCUCGCCCGCCUCGGUCUAGCGAUCUUCACCUUUAACGACGUCCCCGAGGCACACGCCGAAUUACAGAAGGAGAUUGAACAGGCCAAGAUCGAAUUGCGCAAGGGCAAUGUUGAUGUCGAUUAA